CUAACGACCUGUCAAAAGACUAAGGCUACCGAAGAGCAAACCGAUGCUUCCUCUUUCUUAUGCAUGCUAGAACCUCUUUCUGGCCACAACGUGAUCCUCGAUAUGACUCGAUACUUCGCUACUCAGAUCCACCAUCUGUCCCAAGAAAGGGAUAACCUCAAAAACCAGAUGGCUGAUCUCACGAAGCAGGCAACCGAUAUACUGCUGCAUCUACAGGAAUCCAUCGAUGCAAACAAGCCAGCCAUACAGCCCAUUCAGCACGCAGCAAAGCCAAGCCCCGUUGAACAGACCCCCCAGUCUAUCUCCAGAACCUCAGCAGUCCCACAGCUCGAUCGAGAUGAUAUCGGCCGGUUCAACCCCAGUCACCUUGACGAGCGGGGCGCGGGCAUGGUGACCGAUGGCUGCACCUUGGUCUUUACCGACGUGGACCUCUUCGUCGAGCACAUCGAAUCUUUCCUGCAAGACCCUGCCACAGCCGCAGCCAACGAGAGGCAAAUCUUGCAAUGGCUCGAGACCCUACUAAACGGCUCGGCAGCUAUGUGGUGGAGCCACGAGCUAACCCGCGUCGAUCGACGGGCCCUUCGACUCGCGGGCCUACCCGAGAUACUAGUGGACUUGGAACGCCGGUUCCGCCUCAACCCGGCCGUGGCAGCAGUCAAGUUCGAGCAUGGCAAGCUGAGUCUCCGGGAGAUUGCCUUCGACGAGAACAGACCGAUGCAAUUCGUUCGAACGAAGCUGCGAUAUGCGAGAGCGAUGGAGCUCUUGGAUGAGGAUAACACCGAGUGGUUGUUUGUUAUGCUCCAGAUCUGGUUCAGUAUGGACGUCGAAGUUAGGGCGGUUUUAAGCCCUCCUUCUCCGUCGCAGACGCUUGACCUCUACUUGGAGGAAAUCAACAAGACAGCCCCGGAUCUUAUGGGCCGGGCGCUGAAGCUUCACUAUUGAUCUGGGAAGAUGGAUCGUUAAUCAAAUCCGACUAUCAAACUGGAGGUUCAAGCAAUGAGUCCACCGAUACAACCGGUGAUGAGCCAACAGUGUUCAUAUUGAACAACAAGCUUUCAAUGAUAUAAACGAUCUUAUCAUCGCAACUAAAGAUCACUUUCUAACCCAUUCAUCUUCGGCAUUUCACGUAUAUUCCAGAGGAACAAUUUGCGACAAACUACCUACCCAAGGGACCUAGAUAUAUUACACAGCAUCAUCAUAUGCUAUAUGAGGUACCUAAUCUGGCGGCGAUCAGA